AUGCAAUUUGAACGUCGUCUAUGCAGCAAAUCCUUUAAUCAAUCCUCUGAUCUAAGCAGACUCACUGAAACUAGAACAGGGGAAAAGAAGCAUGAAUGUAAUUUUUCUGAGAAAGUCUUCAGUUACUGCUCUGAGCUUAGACAUCAUGAGAGAACCCAAACAGGUGAGAAACAAAAUAAAUGCCAUGUGUGUGGGAAAGGCUUUAGGAAUUCUUACAACCUUAAAAUGCAUGAGAAAGUCCAUACUGGAGAGAAACCAUACAGAUGCCACUGGUGUGAGAAAGCCUUUUGUAAAUCAUACAGCCUUCAAAUGCAUGAGAAAAUUCACAAAGGAGAGAAACCAUACAAAUGCCAUGUGUGUGGGAAAGCUUUCAGCAAAUCAGUUCAUGUUAGACGUCAUCAGAUAACCCACACAGGGGAGAAACCAUACCAAUGUCAACUGUGUGGGAAAUCCUUUGGGCAAUCAUGCUACCUUAGAAUACAUGCAAGAAUCCACACUGGAGAGAAACCAUAUCAAUGCCAAUGUUGUGGGAAAUCCUUUGGCCAAUCAUGCCACCUUAAAAUACAUGAAAGAAUCCACACUGGAGAGAAACCAUAUCAAUGCCAAUUAUGUGGGAAAUCCUUUGGUCAAACAUGCUACCUUAAACUUCAUCAGAGGACACACACUGGAGAGAAACCCUAUCAAUGCCACAUGUGUGGGAAAUCCUUCAGUCAAUCGUGUUACCUUAAACCACAUCAGAGAAUCCACACUGGUGAGAAACCAUAUGAAUGCCAUGUAUGUGGGAAAGCCUUCAGUCUAUCAUCUGGCCUUAGACACCAUGAGAAAACACAUAUUGGAGACAAACAAUACAAAUGUCACCUAUGUGGAAAAGCUUUCAGUACAUGUUCUGGCCUGAGACACCAUGAGAAAACACAUACUGGAGAGAAACCAUACAAAUGCCCUGUGUGUGGGAAAGCCUUCAGUCGAUCAUCUGGCCUCAGAGUUCAUGAGAGAACACACACUGGAGCAAAAUAA